AUGAAGUCCUAUCUGGUAUUGGCUUCUUUAAUAGUAUCGAUAUACUGUCUUGAUGAUGUGGCCUUGUAUACAAAGGCAAUCACACUACUAUCGACUAUUCCACAGUUCACCUUUUCAAACCACUCACUAAACUCGAAAACGGUGAUAAGCAUCCCCAUGGACUAUGAUCCUGAGUGGGAGUCGAUGGUGGUGUCGUACAAGGAACAGAACCUCACAGACGUACAUAGAGAGGCGUACUCGCUUCUUGAAGAGAGCUCUGCCUUGGGGAACGUCGACGCCUCUUACACGUUGGCUGACAUCAACAUGUAUGGCAACUGGUCCUUCCCACAGAACGCUUCCAAUGCGUUAAGAUACUACCAUGCCGUUGUGGAGGCCGAAUCAAACGCAACAGCGUAUUAUAACCUGGGGUUCAUGUAUGCUACUGGGCUGUUUGGACAGAUGGAACAGAACCAGGCGAAGGCCAACCUGUUCUACAAGUUUGCUUAUGAGAACGGUGAUUUGAGGGCAGCCAUGGCACUGGGCUAUAGAUAUAUCAACGGUGUGGGCCUCUCUGUUGAUUGGGACCAGGCAUUGUUCUAUUAUCAGCAAGUUGCGAACUCUCUGAAGCAAUGGUACGACUCAGGUCCAAUUGGUGGACCAGAUGUGGAUAGCUACAAUAUACGGAUUGCUGACUGGAACGAUGGGAUCUAUGGCAAGGGAGUUGGCGAUAUUCCGAGCUCACUGACGAGAAGAUCGGAUCGGUUUGACGAUAUCAUUGAUAAUAACAACAUGAAUGACGUUGCUACAGAGGUUGACUUCUUCUACUAUAAGGCAAUCAACGCAUACGAAGGCUCUUACACAAGGAAGAGAAACUUCGAGGAGGCUGCUAAAUACUGUAAAUUGUGUGUUGAAGAAGGGCUUCCUUUGACAGACAUCUUGUCGAUACCUGAACAGUUUUACACCUCGAGAUGUUUAUACCUUCUGGGAAAGAUGAACAUGCGUGGUGAAGGAAUGGCAGUCAAUCAUACAGAGGCCAUACGACUCAUGGAGAUGACGAGCAAGGUGUACGAGCUCAGUAUGUCGUACGCAGCACUGGGACUCAUCUACGAGCAAGGAACUCCAGACGUUCGAAACAUCACAAUGGCUCAUGAAUACUUUGAAAUGUUUGCAAAGAAGGGAUCUACAAACAAGUACGAGUACGGUCGUUUCAAAUGGUUCCAUGGCACCGAGGAUGAGAAGAAGAACGCAGCUAAGAUCAUCGAAUCGUCUGCUCUUCACGGCCACUACCCAGCAAUGUACUUGUUUUCAGAUCUGACCUAUGAGACGAAGCAGAAGAAGGAUGCUCCUCAUGUUGCCUCAGCUCUGAAGUACUACUGCGAGCACUUUGAUCCGUUGUUAACCUCUUUGGAAUGGGCAUUCUUUGAGCUGCUUGAAGGGAGAACCUCAAACGCAUUGAUAGGCUAUGCCAUGGCUGCUGAGCAAGGUUUCGAGCAAGCACAAGCAUCUGCAGCAUACUUACUAUACAGUCCACCUUCGAUGCUUGAAUCACCGCCAAUCACGACAAAGGAGCGUAAAGAGAUGGCCUUGGCGUAUAUCAAAAGAUCAAGUACUCAGCAUAAUACGGAUUCAGCAGUGUGGCUAGGAGACAUGUACUUCAACAUUGGCGAGUAUGACAAUGCCAUGGCGUGCUACGAAACUGUGUCCAAAAGAUCAAGCCAGGCAACAUUCAACAUGGGCUGGUUGUAUGAGAUGGGAUUGGGAGUGGAUAAGGACUUUCAUCUUGCAAAAAGAUAUUAUGAUUUGGCCUUGAGUAUUGAUGCAAAGGCGUAUCUACCGGCACAGAUGGCUCUUCUGAAACUUCGCAUCAAGAGCAUCAUAGGCAAUCUCUGGGGCUCUACAACACUCCCAUCUGCUGAGAAAGAUAUCAGCAACAAGAGAACCUGGAGUGAUUGGAAGAACUUGUACUACAAAGUUCGAGGGUCCGGUGAUACGCAAGAGGAAGAAGGUGCACCAAUUGUUGACGAGGUUGAUGACAAUGGUGAAUUUGUUAUCCAAGACGAUAACGGAUUCUUUGACAACUUUGAUUGGGAGUCGUUCUUAGUGCCAGCUAUAGCUUUGGUUAUCUUCACCACGCUGUUUUGGUUUCAACAACGUCAACUAAUGCAACAGGCAAGACGUGGCCAGAGAGCUCAAGGGAAUAAUCAGGAUGGUGAAGGUCAAAAUCGAGGAUUACAAGUACAGGUACAGUUUGGGUUCGUUGCCAUAUAA